AUUAAAAUGCACGCACUGCACGAUCAAGCUGCGCAGUCAUUACGCGUAUUCAUUCGAAUAUCAACUCUGCUGGAUAAUAAUAUCCCUCUCACUUUUGUCAUGUGUGAAUCGUGAUCAGUUCGCGGUCGAUCGCGAUUUAGCUAGCGUCGUAAUUAAUUUUAGUUUAAGUUUUUUUUAUUUAAAAAUUUUAUCUUUUUUAUUCUAUUUUUAUCUAUUAUCAAAUAAUUACUUCAAUUUUAGGCACUUAUUUUAUUAAAAGAAGAUCAAACUGACUUGUUCAUUGUGUACGCUUAUUUAUAUUUCUAUUCACUGAAAUUAAAGCUCUAGUCAAAUGCAAUUUUUCUUAAUGUAAAUUGUCAUCAGCAACAUCAUGGGGGAAGUAAUGCUUCCGAUAUCUACAAGCCGUUCAUUGAACUUGUCUUUUGAUAGUCUUUCAUACAGCGUUAAAACUGGUAUUAUAAAGAGAGAAACUCGCCAACUAUUGACCACAGUUAGUGGUGAAUUUCGAGUGGGAGAGUUAACAGCUAUUAUGGGCCCGUCUGGAUCUGGAAAGACGACUCUAAUGGACAUUUUAGCCGGAUAUACGGUCCAAACAAGCGGCGCGGUUUCUGUGAACGGAAGCCCCCGUGAUCUUGCGGAUUUUCGAAGAUCAUCGGCAUACAUAAUGCAAGACGACAACCUCGAGCCGCUUCUUACCGUCGAGGAGAGCGUUCAUAUUGCAGCCAAUCUUAAACUUGACUGGAAUAAUCAUGAUAAAGCCCAGAGGGUCAAUGAAAUUAUUUUUGCUCUGGGUCUCGAGGCUUGCAGACACACAAGAGCGGCAAAAUUGAGCGGAGGUCAGAGAAAAAGACUUGCGAUCGCUCUUGAGCUCGUCAAUAAUCCACCGGUUAUGUUUUUUGAUGAACCUGCAAGUGGUCUUGAUAUCGUGACUUCUAAACAGUGUAUUAAUUUACUACGCGCAUUAGCAAGAGACGGUCCAUGUACAAUUAUAAUGACAAUUCACCAACCGAGUGGAAUACAUCUGGAUAUGAUAGAUCAUCUGUACGUGCUUGUCAACGGGCAUUGUGUCUUUACAGGAAGUACAAAAGCUAUAGUGCCAUUUUUAGAAAAACAUGAUCUACAUUGUCCUACUUACCACAACCCAGCUGACUUUCUUGUGGAAGUGUGUAAUGGCGAGUACGGUGAUUGGAAUGAUAAACUUGUUGAGACCAUUGACAACGGAAAGUCUAAUGACUGGAGAUCAGCAUCAAAUAAAAGUACUCGUUUAAGAUUCAAAACUAGAUUAAGUCCCAAAGAGUCUGAAGAUAGAAGUAAUCAAAAUAAUGACGAUGAUAAAAUUCAAAGCGAUAAAGUUACUGAAAAUCAUUGUGGAUACUAUGCUACUAGUUUUCUUCAGCAGUUGUACAUACUAAUCAAAAGAAAUGCCAUUAAAUUAUCCCGAGAUAGAGUCUUAACAUUCACACGACUGACGAUGCAUUGCAUAAUUGCACUUAUCGUUGGAAUAAUUUACUAUGGUAUUGGUGAAGACGCAGCAUUUGCAUUAGAUAAUUUCAAUUUACUAUUUUUCAGUCUUAUGUUUCUGAUGUUUUCUGCGUUUAGUUCUACUAUUACAACUUUUCCCUUGUCUCUGCCAAUUGUAACGAGAGAACAUUUCAACAGGUGGUACAAAUUAAGAUCAUUUUAUUUAGCAAACAAAUUCGCCGAUUUACCAAUACAAAUAAUAGCAGUUUCAAUUUACACACUUAUUGUUUACUUUAUGACCGGGCAAAUACCCGAGGGAAGAAGAUUCGUACUACUAGCUAUAGUUUCAGUAGCUGUCAGUCUAGUUGCGCAGAUUAUUGGGGUUAUUGUAGGAACUGGAAUGAGCGUCCAGAAUAGUGUGAUCCUUGGACCGCUGUUGAUAAUGCCAUUUGUAGUAUUCAGUGGGUUUUUUGUUCACAUUAAUGAUGCUCCCUCUUAUCUUCAGUGGCUGUUCCACGCAUCUUUUCUCAAAUACGGGUUUGAAAGUGCUAUGGCUUCUAUGUACGGAUUCGAUAGAAGAAAAAUGCACUGCUCGGAUGUUUACUGCCAUUUUGUGUACCCUAAGAAACUUAUGGGCGAAAUGGGAAUGAUACACGUUGAUUACUGGUUUUCAAUGUUGAUAUUGUUUAUUUUGUAUGUUUUACUUGAUAUGCUAGCUUAUAUAACUCUAAGAUUACGUUUGAAAAAAUUAAUUUAAUAGAUUAAUAAAAUAAGAACAAAAGAAAAAUGUAAUUUUAAUACUUGGAAAAUUUUGUAAUUCUUGCAAGAAAUAGUACGC